UUCCCGUUAGAAUUUUGCUGCCGCCUGUCGGAAAACAUCUACACACAACCGCCGCUCUCCGCCGUCGAGUUCGUAAGUCGAUUCGUUUCUCCCCUUUUCAUCUCGUGUAUAGAUAGGCGUUAUAUGUUCAAGUUGAAGUUUUCGCACUUCAGUUUCCUGUUCGGUUAGCAAUUUACUUGUAAGAUAGUUCGUUAACCGAUUCCUGAUCUAUUUUUGGGGGUGAAAAUGGGGAAGGAAGAAAGUCCACAACUUGGUAGGAGAAGUACAAGAUCAUCUGUUUCAACUCCCUCCACUGCGAAGAAAUCCCAUUCACUUCCUUUAACUGUGAACGAUCUUGUAAAUGGUAAUGAAUCCUUAAGUUUGGAAGAUUUGAUUUCAAGUUUCCCCGGCAGACGGAAUCAGAUUCUUGAACUAUUCCGGCUACUGGGUCCGGUGAAUUCACAAACAUUUCCUAUCUUUGUUUAUGGAGGCUCUUCAACUGGGAAAACAAGCACAGUCCUUGAAUUGUUUCGGCAUUGGAGUCGCCCUUUGGUAUAUUCAAGUUGUAUAACUUGCCACAGUUCUCGGCUUCUCUUUGAAUCAAUAAUCGAUCAGCUUUCGCUUCACAAGAAGGACGCAAGCAAUGACUAUUCAAGCUUAAAGCGGUGUGAGAAACCAUCUGAUUUCGUGAAUCUUCUACGUGAAGCUUUAUUGUCCAUCAUAAGUAAUCUCAAACUGCACACAGAGAAAGAAAGCACGAAAUCUAGACGGGUUAGUGGAAGCAUUGUCUAUUUGGUUAUUGAUAAUCUUGAUCUUGUUCGUGAGUGGGAUAAUAGCUCUACUAUACUGCCAUUUUUGUUCAAGUUGUAUGAUAUUCUGAAGAUACCUGAACUGACUAUGAUAUUCAUAAGUAAGGCUUCACCUGAUACUUAUUACUCAGAUACAGGCUACAUAGAGCCUAUCUCAGUUUAUUUUCCAAACUACUCAGAAGACGAUCUUCGCCAAAUUUUCAUGAGAAAUCAAGAAAAUCCCAAACUAUAUUCAUCGUUCCUCGAGUUGGUGUUGAGGCCAUUUUGUAGGGUAACUAGACGGAUUGAUGAAUUGUCCACAGCCUUUUCCCCAUUGUUCAAGAAGUAUUGUGAACCACUUACUGAGUUGGGAGUUUCUCCAAAUGAAGAGAUAAAGAGGAAAUUGUAUAGUCAUCUUCAACCUUAUAUUGCACCUUCUCUAAAUGAUGUGUUUAGAAUACAGUAUAGAAAUUCUACUAAGGUGGAAACCAAGAAAAGUAGAGACAAGAUGGUUGGCUCCCAAUCACUAGACGGGAUUGAUUUCCACAUGUCUAUUUCUGCUAAGUAUCUUCUUGUUUCAGCUUUCUUGGCAUCCAGAAAUCCAGCAACCCUUGAUGCUACACUAUUUGAUUCAACUGGAGGCUCCAGUAAUCGAAAACGAAAGAGGAAGAGUUCUGUGAAAUCGAUAGAGAAGAAAGAAAUAUCUGAACAGGAGAUACUAAUGAAAGGACCUGGAACUUUCCCAUUGGAGAGGCUAUUAGCAAUAUUUCAAUGUAUAACAUCUGUAUAUGGUGAUUACAUUGAUGAAGAAGAGCAAAGAAAUGAGGAAAUGACAAUUGGUAGCAAUGAGCUCAUGUCUGAUGUUCUCUUGCAAGUAUCCAGUCUUUGUAGUGCUAAUUUCAUUACUAAAGGAGCUAGCUGUCCUCUAGAAGGCUCAACCAGAUAUCGAUCUACAGUAACGGAAGACUUGGCUUUAAAGGUAGCAAGAAGCAUCAAGUUUCCUUUGGCAAAGCACCUGUUUUAGAAGCAGGUUAUUGCAGAAGUGAUGAUUAGAUACUGUGGAAAUGUGUGUACUAUUUAAUUAGGAAUGAUGUAUUAUUCCUAAUAUUAUAUAUGUUAGUUAGAUUUGCAUGUAUGGAACUAUGUUGGAAAUGAAAUAGAAUUUGGAUAAAUGAUCUUCAUUGUGUAUCAUUUUCUUGCA